UGAGAAGACACAAAGGUCUGCACUCCGCUGCAGCAUGUGGCUCUUGUGCAAAGACUAUACUCUGACACGUGGGCGGAGGCUUCGAAGAGCCCACCAGUCAGCCUCCCGGUCACUAGAGCACCCCUCGCCGCCGGUCAAGCAGCGCCGCCGGAUCCGGCCUACCUCCGCCCUAAAAGCGCCGCCAUCGUCAUCACGUGCAGCUCGGCCACGGCCUGCGACAGCGCUGAGGCCAGACCAACGAUACGUCCGCGUGUUCCCCACCAAGCUUUUGCCAGGUCCGAGCAAAGCAUCCGCAUCGUGUUCUCCGUGCCAGAGCGGCCACCUUCCGGCCUCCCCCCACGAUCUCGGGAAUCUCGCGCCCCCCGCCGCGAUGGAGGUGGAGCUCCCCGCCCGCGCCUCCUCCUCCCAAGCCAAGGCGAAGGAGACGCCGCCGCCCUCCCCGGCCGCUUCCGCUUCCGCCACCGCCGCACCACCCGCGGAGGACGCGCCGCUCCUCCCGGGCGAGGGCGUCGUACGGCGGCGCGCGGUGAGGGAGCGGUUCGCGGCGCGCAGCCUCUCCUUCCGCCGGGACGUCGGCCACGCGGCCUCGGAGACCUUCCUCCUCACCCGGCUGACGCUCUCCCUCCUCCGCUACCUCGGGAUAGGCUACAGAUGGAUUCGUCAGUUCCUAGCCCUCUGUUGUUAUGCUCUAUUGCUCAUGCCUGGCUUUAUUCAAGUUUUAUAUUAUUACUUCUUCUCAAGCCAAGUUCAUAGAAGUGUUGUAUACGGAGAACAACCAAGAAACAGGUUGGAUUUGUAUAUACCAGCUGGCACAACAGGGUUGAAACCAGUUGUGGCAUUUGUCACUGGUGGGGCAUGGAUCAUAGGGUACAAAGGGUGGGGUGCCCUUUUAGGCAGACGCUUGGCAGAAAGGGGCAUUUUAGUUGCAUGCAUUGAUUACAGAAACUUCCCUCAGGGGACUAUUGGUGACAUGGUAGAAGACGUAUCGCGAGGAAUCUCAUUUGUCUGUAACAAUAUAGCUAGCUAUGGAGGUGAUCCUGAAAGGAUUUAUCUUGUUGGACAAUCUGCUGGUGCACAUAUUGCUGCUUGUGCUCUCAUAAAUCAGGCUAUCAGAGAAUGUGGUGAAGAUACUUCCACUUGGAGUGUUGCACAGCUAAAAGCAUACUUUGGUAUUUCUGGCGGUUAUAAUCUUCUUAACUUGGUUGAUCAUUUCCAUAGGCGUGGUCUUUACCGGUCCGUCUUCCUCAGGCAAAUUUCUUGCCUGCUAUUGUCAGGAUACUAUACCAUUGGAACCUUAUGUUUCAGCAUUAUGGAAGGCGAGGAAUCAUUGAGGAAAUUUUCUCCAGAAGUCGUGGUUAAGGACGUAGCAGUUAGAUCCGCAGUCUCUUUGUUGCCACAAAUCAUCCUUUUUCAUGGGACAAGUGACUGUUCAAUGCCCUCUGCUGAAAGUGAAGCAUUCCUUGCUGCUUUACAACAGCGUGGUGCUAAAGCGGAUCUAUUCUUAUACGAAGGAAAGACACAUACUGAUUUAUUUCUUCAGGAUCCUCUUCGGGGCGGCAGAGAUAAAAUGCUCGAAGAGAUUGUCGCCGUGAUACAGAAUGAUGAUCCAGGAGCGUCCGCUCUGCAGCUCGCAGUGCCUGUUGCACGCCGCCUUGUUCCUGAAAUCAUGCUCAGGCUUGCUGGGAGAGUGAGCCCUUUCUGAACAUGGUGAUGAUUACUGAACACGAUGACUAGCAGGCAAUUUAUUCUAAGAAAACCGUAUACUAGUUAGCUACAGAGUUUAUCUCAAUUAUUGCGGAAAUCAAAUUCGUUUUGAUGGCCUGCUGUAGUGUUAACUGCCCAAGAGAUAUAUAUCUCUGCGGUUAUGUACCUUCCUGUAGAUCAUUGCCACUAUUGUAUACUUGUAUUGUAUCUUGGUGUAUAGCAUGGCUCAUUAUUUUCUUAGGUCUUCAGCCUCGCAUUGUAUACAAUUUUAUCUUGUGUAAUUGGAAGAAAAAGCCAGCAUGUGAUUGA